AUGGCCUCGGAUGAACAAGGACGUCAAAGCUUGGGUCCGGUCGUGUCUGAGCUGCCAGCGCAACAAGGUGCAGCGUCACAACAAGUCCCCACCAUGCACGUUCCCCAGUCCCGACGCACGGUUCAGCCAUGUUCAUCUGGAUGUCGUAGGCCAUCCAAUGGUUUCACCUACGUCCUUAUCUGUGUCGAUCGAUAUACUCGCUGGGCUGAAGCUAUUCCUUUGCCGAAUGUUGAGGCUGAAAUCAUCGUGAAGGCCUUCGUCAGUCGUUGGGUCGCCAUGUUCGGUGCCCCAUCCACGGUUACGACUGAUCGUGGUGCCCAAUUUGAGUCGGCACCCUUCCAAACACUACUCAAUUUCCUUGGCUGCACACGCAUUCGGACGACAGCCUUCCACCCAGCAGCCAACGGUAUGGUGGAACGUUUCCAUUAG